GUCAUCGAUGAGCGACGUUGCCUCACUACCAAAUAGACUCACAUGUUCUCCGCGCCGGCGCUCACAGGCGAUACACGUUUAAAGGCUAAUCUGAGACUAUCAGUGAUAGUUGCCAUUUGGUGUGUUACUUUUAAUCAGACAAACGUGUUUCAAACAUGAGUUCCCAGAUGACGUGCGUGGGGUGGGUGAUGCGGGGUGUUUCCAAGGAAACACCAGACAAAGUUGAACUGAGCAAAGAGGAACUGCAGCGCAUCAUUGCUGAAGCAAAAGUAGAAUUAGGGGAAGUGGAGGAGGGGGAGGAGGAGGAAGCUGAUGGAGACGCCGGGAUGCCUGCUGACCAGGAGCCGGUUGGAGGAGGAGAGGAGGAGGAGGAAGGAGGGCAGGGCGAGGCAGAGGAAGAUGAGAACAAAGCCGACAAGGAGGAACAGAAAGACGAGAUGGCACAGUACGGCCUGGAUCAGUACGACGACGAGGACACGGUGGCCAGCAACCUUGGUGACAGUCUGGCCGGGCUGACUGUUUUCAGCUCCAAUGAACAGGAUCCUUACAUCACAAUCAAAGACACAGACCAGUACGAGAGGGAGGACUUUCAGAUCAAACCCAACGACAACCUGGUUCUGGCUGGCAGGGCGGAGAAGGACUGCUGCAACCUGGAGGUCUACGUGUAUAACUCUGAUGAGGACUCCCUGUACGUCCAUCACGACAUUCUGCUGCCAGCCUACCCACUCUGUGUAGAGUGGCUGAACUUUGACCCUGCCGAGGGAAAAGGGAACUACGCGGCGGUGGGCAACAUGACCCCCCAGAUCGACGUGUGGGACCUGGACGUGGUGGACUGCCUGGAGCCCGCCUUCUCCCUGGGAAGCAAGAAGACAGACAAGAAGAAGACCAAGAAGAAGGGCAAGAAGGCUGCGGCGGAGCCGGUCGAUGGACACACGGAUGCAGUGCUGGACUUAUCCUGGAACAAGCUAGUGAGGAACGUGUUGGCGAGCGCGUCUGCAGAUGAGACGGUCAUCCUGUGGGACAUGGCCCAGGGAAAACCGGCUUCCACGCUGAGGAAACACACUGACAAGGUCCAGGCGCUGGCGUUCCACCCCUUUGAGGCUCAGACGCUGCUGUCAGGAUCAUACGAUAAAACGGCGAUCCUGUACGACUGCCGGAGUCCGGCCAACACCCGCACCUGGAGGUUCAGCGGCACGGUGGAGCGCGUCGUCUGGAACCACUUCUCCGCCUGCAACUUCCUGGCGAGUACAGAAGAUGGUUUUGUGUACUGUCUCGACGCCCGCUCGGAUAAACCCGUGUUCACCCUGAAGGCCCACGACGGAGAAGUGACCGGACUGGAGCUCAGCAGCCAGAUCAAAGGGUGCCUGGUCACAUCUUCGGAGGACAAAAGUGUCAAGAUCUGGGACAUAUUGAGCGACAAGCCCAGUCUGGUGCACUCCAGGGACAUGAAGAUGGGGGUGGUGUUCUGCGCCGCCUGCUGCCCCGACCUGCCCUUCGUCUACGCCUUCGGAGGACAGAAGGACGGCAUGCGCGUGUGGGACAUCAGCGACGUCGCCGCAGUGGGCCAAGUGUUCGGCAGCAGAGAGCGGCUGGUGGUGAACACGGCGGGGGCAGCUGAGGGGACUAGCGUCGCUACAGCUGAGAUGGAGGUCUCCUAGCAACACACGCUGGAUUGAUACCAGGAGAAAUAAAUUUAACGAUUACUUGGAUCGUUUGGCAAUGGAAUAUUGGCAAUACAUUUGCUUGUUCGUUUUUAAUGGGAUUCGUGGACGGCGUUCUUCUUUGUUAAAUUAGGGCCAAGAAGGAAAUGGGAAGACUUUGAAAACUCACGUUAGUAGGAAGAGGAAUUGCAAAUUUAUUGACACUCAAAAUUCACUCAAAAAGAUUUAGAAUUGGUUAAUGUGUCUGUGUCUGUGUGGAAAAUGUGGAUCCUGGCCGUGUUAAAUGUCAAAAUCAUAGACAUUGAAAUAGCUUAAUAAUAUCAAAAGUAAAAUAACUUGUAUAUAUCCGUCUCUCGUGUAAACAACUGCUAUUAAAUAUUUUAUGUAAUGAAA